GGGAGCAGGGCUUCUCGGUGUCUGGAGGAAGCCAGCUGCUGGGGGCUGUCGUGAGGGUCUCAGGCGGGGAUGCCAGGAGCCGGAGCACAGGCUUAUUCCCCCAGAUGCGAGAUGGCUGAACUCAAUACUCAUGUGAAUGUCAAGGAAAAGAUCUACGCGGUUAGAUCAGUAGUUCCCAACAAAAGCAAUAAUGAAAUAGUCCUGGUGCUACAGCAGUUUGAUUUUAAUGUGGAUAAAGCUGUGCAGGCCUUCGUCGACGGCAGUGCAAUUCAAGUUCUGAAAGAAUGGAAUAUGACGGGCAAAAAGAAGAAUAAUAAAAGAAAAAGAAGCAAGUCCAAGCAGCAUCAGGGCAACAAAGAUGCUAAGGACAAGGCAGAGAAGCCAGAGACGGGGCCUGCGCAGCCCCAGGCCCCCAUGCAGAACGGCCUGGCCGGGAGCUGCGAGAAGGACAGCUCAUCUACAGACUCAGCCAGCGAGAAGCCCGCCCCGUCCUCCCGGCAGAAGAAGACCACCAUCUUGGAGGAGCCCCCCAAGGCACUCCGCGGGCUUGCAGAAGGCAGCAGGCCACUGCAGCAGAAACUGUCCUUAGAGGGGAACCCCAAACCUGUGCAUGGAACCGCAGAGAGGUCAGACGGCCCACAGUGGGUGGCUGAGCAGCCCUGGAGCCCGAGCAAGCCCAAGGCAAAAGCAUCUCCUGUUAAGCCCAGUGCCCCUGCAGCUCAUCUUGAGAUAAGACCAGAGGAGCUGGCAAAGAAAAGAGGCCCAAAUAUUGAAAAAUCGGUGAAGGAUUUGCAGCGCUGCACCGUUUCCCUAACCAGGUACCGGGCAAUGAUCAAGGAGGAGGUGGACAGCUCUGUGAAGAAAAUCAAGGCCGCCUUCGCCGAGCUGCACAACUGCAUCAUUGACAAAGAAGUUUCGCUGAUGGCAGAAAUGGAUAAAGUAAAAGAAGAAGCCAUGGAAAUCCUGACUGCUCGUCAGAAGAAAGCAGAAGAACUAAAGAGACUCACCGAUCUAGCCAGCCAGAUGGCUGAGUUACAGCUGGCUGAACUCAGGGCAGAGAUCAAGCACUUUGUCAGUGAGCGCAAAUAUGACGAGGAGCUGGGGAAGGCAGCCCGUUUCUCCUGCGAUACCGAACAGCUAAAGGACCAAAUCAUGCUCUGCGGAGAAAUCACUCACCCAAAGAACAGCUACUCCUCGCGAGCGCCCUGCAGCUCCCUGCUGCCUCUGCUCAGUGCCCACGGGGCUGGCUCCGGGAGACAGAGUGGCUUCACCCGGAAGUCAUCCAGCCACAGCAAGGGCACUGAGGGUAAAGCCGCCACCUCAAAACUGCUGGGCAGCCUUCCCAGUGCCGGAGAGCCCUCUCACCAGGCCAUGCCCGCUGCCAAGCAGAAUGGACCUUCCAGUCAAAGACGGAGAUUCAAUCCCCAGUACCAUAACACCAGGCUAAAUGGGCCCACCAAGUCUCAGGGCGGUGGUAACGAUGCUGACCCCAUGGCGAAGGGCAGCACCCGACACGAACACAGAAGACAGCCACACAGUGGCUUCCGCCCCAAAAACAAAGGUGGCACGAAAAAUCAAGAAGCCCCUUUAGGGACAAAACCCCCUGAGGCCAUGGCCCAUUCUGAGAAGCCACCACGGCGAAGACAGCAUGCCUCAGACAACUCGGAGGCCAGGCCUUUCCGGGGCAAUGCUGGCCGGGCCUCACAAUGCAAUCUCUGUCCCACAAGAAUGGAGGUGUCCCCAGAUGCUGCGGUCCUCUCUGUCCCUGCUGUGACGUUGGUGGCCUGAGUGAGGAGAGAGAAGAGCGCUUCUUACUCAGUUUGGUUCCCUGCCCCAGGUGCUGACCCAACACGCUGCCAAAAGAGUCAAUCAGAAUAGACCCAUAUGUUGUGUAAUCCUCUCAUAAUCAUUUUUACUAAUUCCAGUACCCAGCUCUGCUUGCUCCGUAACUUUCAUGGCUUUGCUUGAUCUGUUGGCACUUCCUCAUCGAGUCUGCAGCAUUUAACCAGGCAGUGUUUGCCACUUGUUAGGAAUCCACCAUGUGGGUGGAGACCUCGGCUGCGGCCGUGACGUCAUUCCAUUGAUGGUUGUCCUUAGCGAGUUCAUGUGGAAAUAAACCCUUGACCGACAGACAGGCAUGUCUGCUGAACACGUGUGCUUUUGUAGAACUUCA